CUCCAUUACGGUCACACUUUUGACUAAAAUACCAAAUACAAACCUCCAUAAGAAAAAGAAGAAAAACCACCAUAAAUACCAAGCUCAACGCACAACUUUCUUUCCCUCUUACUCUUACCAAACCUUAAAAAAGCCAAAACCACAACGAAAACAAGUCUUCUCCCAUCUCAUAUAUUUCCAACAUCUCUUCCCCUUCCAUUCAUUCAUUUUACGGUCAUUGGCCAUGACCCAAACCAUGUCAGGCCCAAAUGACAGCUGGCUCCAAUUCUACAACCAAAAUUCCACACCUUCAAUCCCUGACUUCACCGUGAGUACUGCUAAUGUUACCACUACUACUAUCGUUGCGGCCACGAGUCCUUCACAGGACAUGUUGAAUUCGAGUUCAUCAGGCCCGACCCAUUUAAGCCCGGAAGGGCGCGUGGCGAAGCCCACCCGCCGUCGCUCCCGGGCCUCGCGGCGAACUCCGACCACUCUGCUAAACACGGACACCACAAACUUCCGGGCCAUGGUCCAACAAUUCACCGGAGGCCCGAGUGCACCAUAUGCAUCAAACCCAUCAUUGGCACCACAUGUUUUGCCAAACCUCAUGGGCUUUGGGUUCCCCUCACGCCCUGUUCCGAGCCCAACCACCCUCGUCAUGACGUCAUCACCCCCUAUAUCCUACCUUCAACAACAACACAUGUUUCAGCAGCAAAAUCAACAGUACAAUUUGUAUAGUACUGGUGGUGGUGGCACACAAGGUGGUGGAGACAGCAACAACAACAGAAUGUUUUUUCAGAGACUAAGUAACAACAACGUUAACCCUAUAAUGAGUCUUCCAACAAGCAAUGUUGUUGUUAGCAAUAAUAACAACCGUGAUGGUGAUGGUGGGGCUGUGAAUACGCAUCAUGGACGCUUCCUCCCGAACACUUCUUCUUCUUCUUGAUUGAUGAAUCUGAAUCUGAAUCUGAUGAAAGAAGAAGAUGAAGAAAUUAAGCACUUCAUUAUUCUCCAGUAGGAACACGGGUAGCAGUUUUUUUUGUUUUGUUUAUCUUUGGUCCGCAUGCUGGCUCGAAAGUGACAUAAAGCAGACAGUUAGGUGCUAACUUGGCCAGAAUUGUUGACCAACCAAUGUAAAAUAUAUUAUAUUAUAUUAUAUAGGUUUUUAAUUACUUUAAUAUUAGUAUUAUUACUUUAUUACUACUGUUAUUUACUUUUAUAUUUUUUUUUUGGUAGAAUUGGGCUCUGCUUCUAGAUAGCCCCUGGAUGGCGCUACCCAUCCCAAUGUACACUUUUUUAUUUUUUAUUUUCUUUCUUUUUUGUAUCUUUCAACUUUUCAAGUACUUGAUUAAUUUGUGGGGGUUGUUACUUUUA